UCAGCAUCCAGUACGUGACAAUGGGUAUUAUCAACAGUCUCAUCAGCGGUGCCCCCGACUCCUCAAAAAUGGCCUCAUCAGACUCGCAACUCGACAUCAUCAUCGUCGGCGCCGGCCUCAGCGGCCUCGCCACGGCCAUCUCGUGCGCCAUGGCCGGCCACACCGUCACCGUGCUCGAACAAGCGCAAGAACUCGCCGAGGUUGGCGCCGGGCUCCAGAUCACCCCCAACGCCUCGCGGCUCUUCACACACUGGCAGCUGCCCGCGAAGAUCUGGACGGAGGCGGCCGAGCCGACCUCGCUGACCGUGCACCGGUACACGGGGGAGACGCUGGCGCACGAGGCGCACUUCGACCGCAACAUCCGCGCCAAGUAUGGGGCGCCGUUCAUCGACCUACACCGCGUGGAUCUGCAGCAGGCGCUGUACGCGCGGGCGCGGGCGCUGGGGGUGACCUUCCACUUGGAUGAGCGGGUCGACGCGAUCGACUUCGAGACGACGACCCUCACCACCCUGAAGGGGCGGCGGGUGAGCGGCGACCUGAUCGUCGCGGCGGACGGGCUGUGGUCGCGGUGCCGCGAGAACUUCUACGGCCGAAAGGACGAGCCGCUGCCCACGGGCGACCUGGCGUAUCGCAUCGUGCUGACGGCCGAGCAGCUCGCGGACGACCCCGAGCUGCGCGCCUGGGUCGAGAACCCCACCGUGCACUUCUGGGUCGGGCCGGGGGCCCACGCGGUGGCGUAUUCGUUGCGCGGCGGCUCGAUGUUUAAUAUCGUGCUGUUGGUGCCGGAUACGCUGCCGCCGGGGGUGUCGAGGCAGGCCGGGUCGGUGGAGGAGAUGCGCGGGCUGUUCGUGGGGUGGGAUCCGGUACUGACCAAGUUCCUGACUUACGUGAAUGGCGUCGAUAAAUGGCGCCUCAUGCAUCACGCAGAAAUGGACUCCUGGAUCAAUGACAAAUCAAACCUAGUCUUCAUCGGCGACGCCUGCCACCCCAUGCUCCCCUACCUCGCACAGGGCGCCAAUUCCUCCCUCGAGGACGGCGCCGUCCUCGGCGGCCUCCUCGGUCACAUGAAGCAGAAAUCCGACCUCCCACAAAUAUUGAGACUCUACGAGAAGCUCCGUAAAUCCCGUGGGGAGGCUAUUGUCCGAGAAACGUUCAAGCAGAGAAACGACUUCCACAUGCCCAACGGCCCCGAACAAGAGAAGCGCGACCAAGUCUUCCUGUCUCAAUUAGGCAAGGAACUCAAAGGGGCGUUCCCGAGUCGAUGGACCUGUCCCGAAGUCCAACCGUGGUUAUACGGCUACGACGCCAUCAAGGAGGUCGAGAACGUUGUGGCGGAGAAUCCGGGGCUGUUCAGUGGCAGUGGGCAGGUCACGGCGAAUUUGUAGAAUGCUUCUUUGAAUGUCUCUUUGUUGUCCGAAUUCUUGGAGCGGGAUCUCUGUACAGUCAAUUUGCAAUAUAG